AUGUCUCCAAAGCGGGGCCCUUAUUUCCUGCAAAAAUAUUUCAUGCAGGUAAAAGAUUAUGCUAAAUACAAUUUGAUAAGGUUGUGUUUUCCUCUCCUCUCUCAUUCUCUCCCCUACCCUCGCACCCUCUCCUUUCUUUUCCUCUCCUCUCCUCAGGUCUUUGGCUUGCUGCUGUGGACUCUGUCAGGAGGAUCUGAUUACUCUCUCAUCCCAGGCUUUGGCUGGGUGAUGUUCGUGGCUGUGAUGUACUGGGUCCUCACUGUCGUCCUCCUCCUCGCCGGCCUGACUGAGACCAAGAUCAGAAAUCCCACAUUACACAUGCAGGGCCUGUGUUUCAACGCCAGCGCCACUGUAUUAUACCUGGUGUCAGCAGCUGUGGAAACAGCUUUCGAAAGAAAGUUGUGUUGGAUGGCCAUUGGCACAACAGCCAAUGCCCUUGUAGAAAUGCUCCACAAGGAGAAGGAAGAGGAGGGGUGA